AGCUUCACGACUGAGGCGUUCACCCUGCUGGGUAUUGGUUUGGGCUUCAUCAUCCUUCGAUCGUAUGCUCGGAUCUCUGCUGUGGGAUUUCGGAGACUCGAGGCAGAUGACUAUCUCAUGGUCGUAGCCGCGAUCGCAUACUCGAUAGAAACAGCACUCGCAUAUUCCGUUGGGGCUUUCUGGCAUGGGUUAGCCAACAAUGGCAUGACGGAUGAACAAAGAAAAGCCCUUGAUCCGAGCAGCGAAGAGUAUAGGCUGCGAGUCAACGGGUCCAAGACACAGAUUGCAGGAUGGUCAACCUACACAUUCCUGCUCUGGGUCCUCAAAGCGGCCAUGUGCAGUUUCUACCUGCGACUCACUGAGGGUCUGGACAACUAUCGGGCGAGGAUCUUUAUCGGCUUCGGGCUCAUCUUUGUGACUUGGGUCACAGUCCUGUUGUCUAUCCUGCUGGGAUGUCAGCCGUUCCACAAGAACUGGCAAAUUUACCCCGAUCCCGGGAAUUACUGCCAGCCAGCGAUUUCGAACAUUGACAUCUUCGUGACGGUUGUGCUCAAUGCGGCGACCGACUUAUACCUGCUGUCGAUUCCAGUGCCGAUGCUCUGGUCAGCACGGCUUCCAAUGCCUAAGAAGCUUGGACUGAUCUUUCUCUUUUCUGGCGGCAUCUUUGUUACUGCAGCUGGUAUUCUGCGAUGUGUUUUGAUCGUGACGAACCCAUUGACGGGCGCUCAGCAGGCUGGUUCCUGGGCUGUGCGAGAAACGUUUGUGGCAGUCGUGACAACGAACCUGCCCAUGAUUUUCCCAUUCAUUAGACGUCAGCUGUCGCCCAUUCUU